ACUGUACUAAUUAAAUAAUGGUGAACGUGACAGAUUAAUAAGAAAUUACAAGAAAGACCGACGAAGGACUAGUUCGGCAGCAACCUCUGGAGGUGAUCCUUAUAUUCGCAGCAUUCAUCAUAUAAUAGACCAAUUGUAUAACUAUGCUUUUCUACUACCAGAUUUCAAUAGUACGGUAGUAUGUUUAAGGAACGUUACCACAUUCGCAUGAUGGCAUCAACCCGUCAAGACAUUCAAGGAAUCCAAGCGGGUCAUAAUGCUUUAUGCGAUACACAAUAUUAACGCGUUUCCAAUUAACUGGACCUUGGAGUACUAUAGGCAGUGAGCGCCUUUGAUUACCAGCGCGUCUGCUUAGCUCCGCCUGGGGCAAACUUUCUGGCGCUCAACGGCGCCAUCUCAAAAGCAAACAUGAUGGACUCGGAAGACCUUCAGGUCUCGCUCACAGCUAUGCGUGCAGCACCUCCUCGCAUGUCGAUGUCCGCGUCUACGGCGUCAUGGCUGCAGCCAGCUCGCCGCAGCUCCCUACCAAAUGGGCAUCCACAACGGUCAAUAAGUUCAGGCGUUGCCAUAAGACAGCCCUCGCACACAGACGCUCGCGCCCUGCCAGCACACAUGGCUCCGAAUCCGCCUUGCAAGUCUGCCCUUUCCAGCAGCAACAACUACACUGACGCCCCUGCGCAGCAACGAGGAUUCCCCAGCGUUAACAACGGCGGCUUUCAUAACCGGCCAUCAUCCGCAUUUGUGGGCCUCAGCAGCUCCGUCCGGGUGCCAGUGGACGAGCAGCUCCGGGGCGUGCGGCCUGACACCCAGUACGGCGCCCGUGAGUUCGCCAACGCCGUCAUGUCGCUGGCACUGUCCCGGGAGCCCGAGGCGCUGGCGGAGGGGGUGGUGGCACUCAAGAGGGAGCGCAACGCGCUGGCGGCGGAUAAGCAACUGCUGCUUGUCAACAAGCGGCGGCUGGAGGCGGUGCUCCGCAAGAUACUGGCGCAGGCUGCUUCGCUGCUGGGUGCGGAGGGCGCGGACGAGAUGUGCUCUCGGGCCCUCUGCGGCAGCCCCCGCCUGGCCAGGGGCGGGCGGGCAGGAGGAGGAGCGGGAGGCGGAGGGGCGGCAGCAGCUCCCAUGCAGGCUCGCGUGAUGCAGAUCCUGGACGACAGUCGCGCCCUGGAGUCCAAGCUCUCCCCCCCUGCUGGCGGCCCAGCGGGGGGGCCGGGCGGCGGAGGGGGUGCGGCAGGGGGCGGGGUGGGGCAGAGCGGCGCGCUGCUGGGUCCCGGCCUCACCCCGGCGCAGGUGGAGGCGCGGCUGGGGGAGCUGCAGGAGCGGCUGGUGUGGGUGCAGGCCGAGCGCGACCAGGUGGUGGGGCGGCUGGAGGGCGAGCUGGCCUUCCGCCGCACCCAGGCGGCCGCAGCGGCUGCCGCACUGCAGAAGCAGCUGGCGGAGGAGCGGGAGCGGGCGGCGGAGGCGGAGCGGCAGCUGGGCGAGGUACGGCAGCAGCUGGUGGAGGCGACGAUACGGCAGCAGGAAGGUGCCCAGGCGGAGCAGCAGCAGCAGCAGUUGGUGGAGGCGAGGGUGAGGCUGGCGGAGGUGGAGGCGAGGGUGAGGCUGGCGGAGGUGGAGGCGGAGCGGUUGCGGGUCCAGCUGGCGGAGAAGGAGGCGGCGGCUGAGGAGGUGCAGGGGCGACUGCAGGCGCAGGUGCAAGACCUGCAGUACCAACUGUCCGCCCUCUCCGACGCACUGGCAGCUGCCUCCGCGAUCUCCCCGCCAAUACCAGUACCCGCGCCAGCAUCAGAGGUACAGGAAUCACAGCAGCUCCAAGACCUGCAGCAGUGUCUGGCGGCAGCGGAGCAGCUGCAGCAGGAGCAGGCCGCCAGAAUCGCGCAGCUGGAAGCGACAGUCGUACAGCGGGAUGACCAGGUUUCGGAGCUAAGCGCGGAGCUGGCGAUGAGGAAGGCUGCCGCCGCGGCGGCGGCGGAGGCGGCGGCGGCGCACGCCGAUGAGCUGGCGGCAGCGCUGGCGGCGUUGACGGCGACGGCGGAAGUGAAAGCUGUCGCGGCGGAGGCGGAGGCUCGGAAGAGGGCGGAGCAGGAGGCGCAGGCGAGGGCGGAGGCCGCCGCUGAGGCUGCGGCCCAGGCUGCUGCUGCGGCCCGGGCGGCGGCGGAGGCGGCACUGCGGGGGGCUCAGCUAGUGGAGAAGGCAGCGACAGUGAACAAGGUUGUGGCAGCAGGAGAGGAGGCGACCCAGGCGAAGGUGUCGGCAGGAGAGGAGGCGUCGGAGGAUGCAGUGACAGCGGCAGGAGAGGAGGCGGCAGAGGAGAAGGUGGCAGCGGCAAGAAAGGAGGCGGAGGAAGAAAAGGUGGCGGCGGCAGGAGAGGAGGCGGUAGAGGAGAAGGUGGUAGCGUCAGGAGAGGCAACAGCGGAGGCUGCAGCGACGGAGGCAGGAGAGGAGGCGGCGGAGAAGGUGGAGGCAGCAGAAGAGGAGGCGGCGGAGAAGGUGACCCCGGCCGGAGAGGAGGAGGCGGAGGAGAAGGAGGUGGUGGCAGGAGAGGAGACGGCGGAAGAGAAGGUAGCGGCGGCAGCUGAAGAGGCAGAGGAGGCUGCAGCGACGGCGGCAGGAGAGGAGGCGGCAGAGGAGGAGGUGGCGGCGGCCGGAGAGGAGGCGGCGACAGGAGAGGAAGCGCCGGAGGUUGCAGCGACGGCGGCAGAGAUAGAGGAGGAGGCAGCGACGGCAGCGGCGGCGGAGGAGGUAGCAGUUGCGGCGGAGGCGGAGGCGGCAGAGAGGGUGGCAGCAGCGGAGGUGGGGGAAGUAACCGAGGCUAGGCAAAAGGCGGCGGAAGCGGCGGAGGCGAGGCAGAGGGCGGCGGAGGCGGAGGCACGGGCAGCUGCAGCCGAGGCGGAAGCGGCAGCAGCAAGCGCCAGGGCACAAGCUGCGGAGGCGGCAGCGGAGGCGGCGAGCAGGAAGGCAGUGGAGGAGGCGGAAGUGGCGAAGACGACAGGGGCAGUGGAGGCGGCGGAGAUGGAAGCGCGGCUGAGGGAGGCGGUUGGGGCGGCAGUGGCGGAGGCGGAGGCUAGGGCUGCGGCGGCGCUGGCUGCGAGUACGCAACAGGUCACCCAGCUGCGUGCCGAGCUCUCCUCUGCGCAGUCCAGCCUGCGCGCCUCCGCCUCCUCACAUGAGGCGCUGUGCGGGCAGCUGGCGGGGCUGGAGGCGCUGCUGGCGGAGCGGGGCAGCCGGGUGGGCGAGCUGACGGCACAGGUGGUGGCGUUGGAGGCGGACGUGAGGGGGCUGCGGGGGCUGCUGAGGGAGGCGAGGGGGGAGGCGGGCGGACGGGGCAGGGGGAGGUAGGGAGGCGGGGGAUAAUGAGGCGGGGGAUAAGGUGAGCCGGGGGAUAAGGUGAGCCGGGGGAUAAGGUGAGCUGAACUGAGAAGACACUUGGUGGGGUAAGGAGGGAGAAGGAGAUGAUGUGGCGUGCCGAAAUAUCUAGGCCUGUUGCUCGAGGAGAGAGGUGGGAUUAAGAGGGGAGGAGAAGUGCGGUUGGACUUUGAGGGCUUUUGAGUAUUUUCCGUGUGUGUUGCUGCCAGCAAAGAGCAGUGACAGGAAGAAAGAGUGAGGAGAUCUUCUUCCACGCACCUUUGUUGUUGUGCGCUUUUCCUUCCAGUGGCUUGUACGAUGCUCUUAUAUUUCUUGCCGUUGUGUUGUGAAUUUAUCCUGCCAACGUGUUUGCGGCCGGUUACUCCCUUCCUGCAUGGGUAGCACAAUCGUGAUAUGAUAAGAAACCCCAUCUACCGAACAAAACUAUUAACCUGCUGUUGCUGUUACAGUUUAUGCUGUUGCCACUGUACGGCGAUUUCCGGAGGAGGCUCCACCCUCCGAAACCCCGAUGAUGUUUCGCCACUGAUGAGUGGUGGCAGUUGCAAAGGACUUGCACGCUGAAUGGGCGAAUGGGGUGGAAAGCUGCGGCUGCUGGAGAGCUGCUUGGGUGUGCUGGUGUGCCGCCCGCUUGGCUGUCCGUGCGCCCUGGUCGCUGGUCGGCUGCAAGUGGAUGAUUCCGCCGCAUGUGGGGCGUCUCACACUUUCAGCCGGCUCGUCUGGUGCUGUGUUGUGUCUGUAAGCUGUGUUAGCUAGGUGUGGUGCGGUCGGAGGUACGACAGUGAGGCAGGAGAAGGUGUGACAGGUUGGCUGGCUGGUUGCCAAAGGCGAUGCGUGUUGGAGGUCUGAUGUGGCAGACGGGUGGAUGAGACAGCGUGCAAGUGACAUUCAAAGCUAAGAAUGCUCGCCAAUGGCUUGCAGUGGGUUUCAUAGGGAAUAAUCCUGGAGCAUACAACUGCACGGCCUACUCCCUAGGUACGGCGAUGGUGUUUUCGAUGCUGCACAGGUUAUUACCCUCGUGGCGUGCUGCUGUUUUCUCUUGAAAUGAAGCUGCAGCCCAGGAGGGCCGAUGUGUUGGGAGGGCAUGGAGCACGAGGAGACAAUUACGUCGGGGCGCAUGUGUGUGAGCCCUCGAGGCGGCCCUGUUGUGUUAGGGUGGCGGAUCCCCUUGUGUACAGUAUCAUGUGUGCGGCAUGGCUUGCCGUGUGUUUACAAAACUGGCCGCGGGUGGGAACGUGAGAGGCACGGCUGCGUAUGCGGGCUGCUUGCGGCUGCAAAUACACCUUGCUCGUGCGACUUCUGCUGGGAGGAACUGAGAUGAGAGGAGUACGUCAUACUGGGAGACAGGCUUGCAAGCAUGAGUAAUGACC